AUGGAGUACUGCACAGAAACCAGCCCCCAGAAACCAAGCCUCCGACGUGGCGAGAUAUCUCUAUCCUGCUACACCAUCAGGCCAGCGGAAGAGUCGAUCACCGCCUCCCUUGUCCAGCCGCUGUCAACAUCCAGACAGAUCUCGAUUUCCAUAGCGACGCUCGCUGUGGCAAAUACUAUGGAUGCUCUCAGAGCACCCGCCAUUGGCGUCGACCAUCCCGACGCAACUAGCUUCGCCGCCACCCUCACAUCCCACAGCAGCACGACGCCGACGCUGACGACAACGGCCUCGAUGAUCUUCGUUACCGCCGCCUCGCCGUCCCCGACGGCCCCGUCCAGCCCCAACGACUCCGACGGCGAGUGCCAGCUGCUGGGCUCCUUUGCCCUGCUUGUGCAGGCCGCCCUCGGCGGGCUGGCUCUGCUGGCCCUCGUUUACAAGCGCUGGCGAGAGCGCCCGCAGCGGCCCGUCAAGAUAUGGGCCUUUGACGCAUCCAAGCAGGUGUUUGGAUCGGUGCUGGUUCACAUUGCCAACAUCUUCAUGUCCAUGCUCACCAGUGGGCGCUUCUCCAUCACGGCCACCAAUGUCGUCGGUCGGGGCACACCUGCCUCCGCCGCCGCAGCUCCGUACAUGCCUAACCCGUGCUCCUUUUACCUCCUCAACCUCGGCAUUGAUACCACACUCGGCAUUCCCAUCCUCAUUGGACUGCUCCACGCUCUGACCGCCAUCGUUGCCCUUACGCCUGUUGGCAAGCCCCGUGAGUCAAUCCAGUCUGGCCACUAUGGCAACCCGCCCAACGCAUGGUGGUGGCUCAAGCAGUCCGUCAUUUACUUUUGCGGCCUGUUCCUCAUGAAGAUUUGCGUUCUCAUCAUCUUCAUCACCAUGCCUUGGAUAUCCAAGGUUGGCGACUGGGCGCUCAGCUGGACCGAGGGCAAUGAGAAGCUGCAGAUUGCUUUCGUCAUGAUGAUCUUUCCCCUCAUCAUGAACGCCCUUCAAUACUACAUUAUCGACUCCUUCAUCAAGAAGCCCAUCACCGAGGUUGACUCGACCGACGACGAGCGCGGCCACUUUCGCCCUCUUCACCCCAAUGACGACUCUCCUGAAGGUCUUGACAGUGACGGCGACGCCGAUGAUGAGGCGCCGCUCGUCGACAAGGCCUCGCCCAGGACGAGGUCGACGCGGGCUCGGAAUCUGGACCGGAUCAGCACUAAUAACGAAGAGUACGACCCAGAUCUGGACGGCGAUGCGCGUACCGUUUUAGGUAGCAGCUCAUCAGCGACUGACGCCAAGCCGUCGACGCCAGUGACUACCAAUCUAUUACCCAAGGAAUGA